AUCUGAACUUGGAAAAGCAAUUCCUCAACCAUUGCUUACCGCCAAAACAAAACCCCUCUUCUUUUCAAUCGAAAUACACUACAACCAUGGCGACGAUCAAUCUUCUCCUCUUCUUCCUCUGCAUUCUCACCACCGCCGCCCUUUCACAAUCCACCAAUGCUCCGGCGUACUCUCAAGAACCCAUCGCCGCCGCCCCCGUCUCUCCUCCCCCUCCUCUUCCUCUUCCAAUCGACCAAACCCCACCACCCAAGACUCCUCUCGUCCCGGCCCUCUUCGUCAUCGGCGACUCCUCCGUCGACUCCGGUACCAACAACUUCCUCGGGACCUUCGCACGCGCCGACCACCUCCCCUACGGCCGUGACUUCGACACGCACCAGCCCACUGGGCGGUUCUCCAACGGCAGAAUCCCCGUCGAUUAUCUCGCAUUGCGGCUUGGGCUUCCCUUUGUACCCAGCUUUCUUGGGCAGACUGGUAGAUUGGAAGAUAUGCUUCAUGGUUUGAACUUUGCUUCUGCUGCUGCUGGAAUCAUAUUCACCAGUGGGUCAGAAUUGGGUCAACAUGUUUCCUUGUCUCAGCAAAUUCAGCAGUUUACAGAUACAUACCAGCAGUUUGUAUUGAGUAUGGGGCAGCAAGCUGCGUUUGAUAUAAUCUCAAAUUCAGUGCUCUACAUUUCGAUUGGAAUCAACGACUACAUACAUUACUACCUGCGUAAUGAGUCCAAUGUGCAAAAUCUCUAUUUUCCCUGGAGUUUUAAUCGGUUUCUAGCAUCCACAAUGAAGCAGGAAAUCAAGAACUUGUACAGCAUUAAUGUCAGGAAGGUGGUUGUGAUGGGUCUGCCUCCUAUAGGUUGUGCUCCACACUACUUAUGUGAGUACAAAGUGAAGGAUGGACAAUGUGUUGAGGAGAUAAACAACAUGGUAAUGGAGUUCAACUUUGUCAUGAGGUAUAUGAUUGGGGAGCUAAAUGAAGAGCUUCCAUAUUCCCAUAUCAUCUUCUGUGAUGUGUUCCAAGGAUCCAUGGAUAUGCUAAAGAACUCUGAACAAUAUGGUUUUAAAGUUACCACUGAUGCUUGCUGCGGAUUGGGUGACUACAAGGGUUUUCUCAUGUGCUUAUCACCAGACAUGGCCUGCAGUAAUGCUUCUGAUCAUAUCUGGUGGGAUCAGUUCCAUCCAACUGAUACGGUUAAUGCCAUUCUGGCUGAUAAUGUCUGGAAUGGCCUGCACACGAGAAUGUGCUAUCCCAUGAACUUGGAGGAUGUGGUAGCAUCAGCAUACUAAAGAAUGGAAGGAGAAGCUGCACCAAUCACCAUACUGUACAGGCACCAAAACUCCAAUGGAGAAGAUUCAAAGUUUGUCCUGGAAAAUAUUUGAUACUUUUACCUGCUACACAAACUACUUACAGAACUAAUGCACAGCACUGGUCCGGAAUCAUUACCAGUUAUGUACAUCUUGGAAAAGAAAUGAGAGUACCGAAUUGUUGGGUUGUAUGUUAGGUUACAGCAUGG